CCUCUGAUACCAGAUGCUAUACGAUCUAUUCUAAUAUAAUAAAUGCUAUACGAUCUAUUCUAAUAUAAUAAGAAAAACAUUCAUUGUUCAACGUUGUCAAAAAUACAAAGAUCAAAUCCAGUGAAUGCCUACAAUUUUGUCGUAAACAUUGUUGGAUUAAUUGCUCAUUUUGGAGGAUUUCCAUCGUCCAUUUCUGAUUUCAAUCAAUUCAAGGAUCGAUUUUGUUCAAAUCUGAGGACUAAUCGCGGCAAAGAUGACGGGGAAAAUAGGCGAGAGAAAGAAAUCUCGAGGUUUUCUAUUAUUUCUUUUGAUGAUAAUAUUGGGGGUGGUAGCGUUCGUUGUAGUGCUUACUUACACCAAGAAAUUUGUGUAUGGAACCGGUAUCGUCUCUAAGAAAUAUGGCGAUGCUCUAAAGAUCGCUAUGCAGUUCUUCGAUGUCCAAAAAUCUGGAAAGUUGGUGAACAAUAAGGUAAUAUGGAGGGGGGAUUCGGCUUUAAAUGAUGGGAAUGAAGAAGGUAUUGACCUUUCCAAAGGAAUGUAUGAUGCCGGAGACCAUAUGAAGUUUGGAUUCCCAAUGGCAUUUACUGCUACUGUCCUUUCGUGGGCCAUACUCGAAUAUGGUGAUCAGAUGGAAGUAGUGGAUCAGUUGCAACCUGCUAAAGAAUCACUUAAAUGGAUCACUGAUUACCUUGUUAAUUCUCAUCCUACACCUAAUCAGCUUUAUGUUCAGGUAGGCGAUCCGGUGAAGGACCAUAAAUGUUGGGAUAGACCUGAAGACAUGACUGAAAAAAGACCUCUAAAAAAGGUCAACCCUUCAGCCCCAGGGUCAGAUGUGGCUGCUGAAACAGCAGCAGCCAUGGCUUCCGCAUCACUUGUGUUCAAGUCUAGUAAUUUGAAAUAUUCAAGUUUGUUGUUGAGUCAUGCUAAGGAAUUGUUCCAUUUUGCUAAUGAGAAUAGAGGGAGUUAUAGCGAAAGCAUCCCUGAAGUUGAAGAUUAUUACAAUUCGACCGGUUAUGGUGAUGAGCUUUUGUGGGCAGCUAGUUGGCUUUAUUUUGCAAGUAAAGAUAGAAAGUAUCUUGAUUUUGUAACCGGAGAAGAUGGAGAAAAGUUUGCUAAUUGGGAAACUCCGACUUGGUUUAGUUGGGAUGACAAGCUUCCUGGAACUCAUGUUUUGUUGUCGAGGUUAAGCUUCUUUGGUCCUAAAGCUGCAGCAGAAACAGAAAACAUGGAUAUGUAUAGAAAGUCAGCCGAAGCAGUCAUGUGCAGCCUUUUGCCAGAUUCUUCAUCCGCAACAUCAAGCAGAACAAAAGGGGGUCUAAUAUGGGUGAGCAAGUGGCAUUCUUUGCAACAGCCUGUAGCUUCAGCAUUUUUAGCUGUUUUAUUUAGCGAUUACAUGAUUUCAUCGGAUACUUCAAAACUCGAAUGCAAUUCAGAGUCCUUCUUACCAUCUGAUCUUCGCAUGUUUGCCAUGUCACAGGAAACCAGUGAGUCAAGGGAAAUCAUGCUCAGUGACGGUUGCAGUUUAUUUUUGAAUGAACCAAACAAUAUAAAUUUUUGGAAAUGUAAUAUCUCAAACAAUGUAUGACAUGUAAACACUACUGGUUGUAUU